AUGACGACUAAGUCAUCAAUACAAAAUAUUAAGUCAAGAUUUUCAAGUAGUAAUAGUGCACAUAGCAUGGCAACAAAUGAUAAUGAUAAAAAACAAAGUCGAAUACAUGUUAAAAAACCAUUUAGUACAACAAAUUUUUUACAAAAUAAUUCAACGACAAAUGGUUUUACUAACCAUUUUAAAAAACGGACAUUACAAUUAAAUAAUUUUUUUCAUUCAAAACUAAGAACUAACUGCUCAAAUGAGCCAACGCAUAAUCAUCAAUCUGACGAACGUUCGACAUCACCACCACAUGUCUUUCAUGCUAUUGCUCCAGCUUCAUCAGAAGAAAUAAAUAAAUCAUCACAAUAUGCUUACAAUGAACAAAAGGUAGUUUUUAGUUUUCAUUUAAAAAAACAAUUUGAUUGA